UUUACCCCCGCAGCGCGCUUGCCCGCACGGCUCCCCUCGCUCGCGGGUACGCGGCUGCCUCGCCCACGACGCUCGCAGCAACUUGUUGGACCCGAGGGGUGGGCAAGUAGGCGGCAGGCGGAACGGAGCGGGAAGAUUCCCUCCGGAUCUCGGCGGCCGGGAGAGGAGAGCGAGCGAUGGCGGGGGACGGCGGCAGCGGGGUGGACUGGGAGAGCCUCGCGGAGGCCACGUCGGGGGCAAUCGGCGCGCUCGUCAGCACCACCGUGCUCUACCCGCUCGACACCUGCAAGACCAAGUUCCAGGCCGAGCUCCAGACGCACCAGGGCACGCACAAGUACAGGAACCUUUCAGAUGUCUUUUGGGAAGCAAUCCGUAAAAGGCAACUUUUGUCCCUAUACCAGGGCCUUAACACGAAGAACAUUCAGUCUUUUAUUUCGUCGUUCUUUUACUUUUACGGGUAUAGCUACUUUAAAAGACUUUACUUGGAGAAGAGUGGAGCAAAGUCUAUUGGAACAACAGCCAACUUGUUAGUUGCAGCUGCUGCUGGUGCUUGCACAGUUAUCGUGACACAGCCACUAGAUACAGCAGCUUCUAGGAUGCAGACAAGUGCCUUUGGGAAGUCUAAAGGGCUGAGGGAAACUCUUGCAGAGGGUACUUGGAUGGAAGCAUUCGAUGGCUUGGGCAUUUCCAUUAUACUGACUUGCAAUCCUUCUAUUCAGUAUACUGCAUUUGAUCAGCUCAAGCAAAGGAUAAUUCAGAGGCAGCGACGUAAAAAUGGAGGAUCAGCAGAGGAUAAUUCCCGAGUUGCUCUUUCUGCUUUCUCAGCUUUUCUGCUUGGGGCCAUCUCCAAAAGUAUUGCUACAGUAUUGACUUAUCCAUUAAUCAGGUGCAAGGUGAUGAUUCAGGCUGCAGACCCUGAUGAGGAUGAGGAUGAUGAAUCUGAAAGGCCAAGCAAAUCAAGAGCACCCAAAACGAUGCUAGGUGCCUUGCAUGCUAUCUGGAGCAAGGAAGGCAUUCCAGGCUUCUUCAAAGGUCUACAUGCUCAGAUCCUUAAAACAGUUCUGAGCUCCGCAUUGCUGCUGAUGAUAAAGGAGAAGAUCUCGAAGUUCACCUGGGUCUCGCUGCUUGCCCUGCGCCGUUAUCUUUUCGUUUCUCAGAAGAGGAUCAAGUCUGCGUAACUGUAAAGAUGUUUGCUUCAAACGACUAGCACCCCAUGGUAACAUGGUGCAUCUGGAGCUCAUAUACCAAGGAAUAAAUCUGUGGAAUAACGAGCAGAACUACAGAAGGAAAAAGGUUUGGUUUAUAUGUGGCGGGUUGGCCUUUUUUCCCGAGAAUACUACGUGGGGGUCAUGUUGAUAGCGUCAGGGAGUGUUCUUCAAUAAGUUUGUUCAUUAUUGCUUCUUUUUAGCACCGAGUCUCUGAUAGUCAAGUGUUGCCGGACCCAGAACUGAACUGUAUGUUUACGUUGUUUGUGUCCGUGAUGUGUAAAAUAGCAGACCCCUUCUUGGAAGCAAAUGGAUCGAUUGCUAUAGUAAGAUGUUGUCAAUCAUUCCCUCUGGUCCUUGAA